AGAGGAUAGAACACUUGAAGGAUUGUACAGUUAGAGGAUAGUACACUUGGAUGAUUGUACAGUUAGAGGAUAGAACACUUGGAGGAUUGUACAGUUAGAGGAUAGUACACUUGGAGGAUCGUUGAGUCGCAAGAUUGUACAUUUGUAGGAAGUGGAAUUUUGGUGGAUAUUACACUCGGAGGAGAGUACAUGAAGAAUAUAGUAUAGUUUGCUGAAGUGAUUAUGCAGUAGACUUCUAUAUUGACACAUGGCCUAAAUAAACACAAGUUAUAAAGCACUGGGGUUAAAAUGAAGAACAUCUGCGACACAAGCACAACUAAGGCAGCCAUGAUACUCCUCAUAUUCGUAGCUGUGUUUCUCCACGGUGUUGAAUCCCAAGCAGCGGGUGCUGCGUACACGAUCGCUGAUGACACCGAACAAACGACAGUUAGAACAACCCCGGCAACGACACCAAAACCAAAAUACGAGUUAGCCUUUGCGAUUAAACUUAAGAUUAUGGAAAAGGAGGCUGAACUGAGAGAGAUGGUCGAAGAGUAUAACAUCACGGGACGUGAUACGUAUAUGACGUAUCAAAGCACGUGCUAUAACGACAGCCUUCUGUUACUCAAGACGUUGGUCCAAGGUUUUAGGAAUAUGGAUGAUGGUAUCGAGUUUGGACCCACGUGGGCUAAACAGUUUUAUGAUUCAAGUGGGCAUCUUCCCUCUGGUGUUUUAGAAGGAAACGUCCAAUGGAUGGGAUCUCCAUCACAUUGUGGGACUUUGCAAGGAGGGGGUAAAUCCGAUAAAAUAAAUAACCAUGUUUUUGGCGGCAAAUACUGUACUGCUAAGAUUGGGAUGAAAAAGAAAGGGCGCCUUCAUAAAGAGAUGGGAUACGUCUAUGUAGGGUUAUGUUUACCCGAUACAUGUAUUACCAACGACACGCCACAUCUGUUUGAAGAGGGUUUGUUGUCUGAGUUAUUGUUUUCACUGGAUCUAGUCGUUCUUCACACACAUUGCGGUCACCAUAGAGAUUUAAUGGCGGAUCCCCUUGCCAUUGUUGCCAUGGCUACUCUUAUCGUCCUUACAAUUUUAGUGAUUAUUUCGAGCAUUUUUGAAACAUUCUACAUAAAGAAAACAGAUGCAAGAUUAGAAGAUGACGUUUUCCUAAAGGCAAAGCGAGAUAAACGUCGUAGAAAACGAACGCAUACUAACUCUGGAAUGAGCAUGACCCAGAUACAAGAAAUUAAUGAGAAUGACGAAAAACCUCUUAAUGAUAAUACUGAAACUCAAUCCCCUAAAAAAUCUAGCUGUAAUCCAUUUCGUGUACUGACAUCAAAGGCAAAGGCUCAAAAGAAAGAUACAAAAGAGACAACAACAAAAACUAGAAUCCAUUGGAAAUUUUUUUCUCCGUUUAAAUCUAAGAAAAAUAAACAGGACCACGAUGAUUUAGAUGGCAAUCACGAACAUCUAGAGACUGAAAUUGAUGAAAUGUUGAAAGAAAACGAUGAGACACUCGCAAGUGAAUCACCAAACCUCAUACAAAAAGCUCCAAAGAAACCCCCACGAUCUUCAAAUAAAAAACCCUGGGAUUCAUCAGUUAAAUCAUCACUUAAGGAAGAUGAUGCGCGUGCACAUACUUCUGCUGAAAACGAACACAUAGAGAUGGAACUAAAAAAUAAACACGUUUUUGGUCCAUCGGUGAAACAACGACUAAGCGAUAGCCCUUUAGCCAGGGAAAAUAGAUUACAAUACAAUGACCAAGUUCAUUCCUCAUUAGAUACCCUGGUAUCACUCAACACUGGUGUCGCUCACAUUGGUAUUAACCAAAAACCAAAAAGUGCCAAGAAAAUCCAAAAACCUAAAAAGCUUAUAGGAUUAAAACGACAACCAGAGGUGGAUACAGCAAAAGAAACAAAGACUGAAAUAGAGCCUGUAAAUAAAACCUCUUCAAAUUCGGAGGAGGAAGGCAUACCACUUUCAACAAUGCACAAUAGCGAGACACAAAGGAAACGACUGGAACGAUUUGUGAGCCAAAGAUCAGUUGUAUCUACAGUGUCUGCUGUAUGGCACAUUCGUCAAGAGAAACUUGCACUAUGGAAACGGAUACUGCUGGCAUUUUCCGCUUACAACAAUUCGUCGAAAAUUUUGGACACCGGGCAUCCUCCGGAAAAGAUACGAUCGCUGAAUGCAUUGAGGUUAUUCAGUCUUUGCUGGAUUAUACUUGGAAACACAUUCAACCUUGGUAUAAGUAAAACACAAGUAGCCACUGCAGUGAACGCAAUGACCGAGAAAGAGCGUCUGUCCGAGACACUUCCUCAUCAAAUAGUUCUCAAUGCAUUCACAGCAGUCGAUACCUUCUUCUUAGUCGGAGGUGUCAGUGUCGUCCAUCUGUUUUUAUCUCACCUGGCCCACGUUGACGGUAUGCCAUCUAUCGUCAUGAUGCUGAAGUUUAUUUUUCAUCGAAUAUGGAGAAUUGUCCCGGUGUAUAUGCUCGUCAUCUUCCUAUUCACUGCGCUGUAUCCAUACCUUGGAGAUGGACCACUCUACCCAGAGGAUCUCGCAGAGGGGGUGAACUGUAAGGUGCACUGGUGGACGAAUCUACUCUUUAUUAACAACAUGGUGUAUGAUAAACAGCCUUGUCUUACACAUACGUGGUAUUUAGCGGCUGAUAUGCAAUUCUUCCUCGUCUCAAUUGUGAUAUUACUAUUACUUCUCAGACACCCGUCCGUUGCUUACGUUCUGCUGUCUCUACUAUUUGGUGCUAACACUGCAGCUACUGGUAUAGAAGCAUACCGAAUCUAUAGUGAUCCAAAUACAAGGGAUGACUUCAGUGUAUAUUGGCAUAAUAUCUUCAUUAAACCCUGGACCAGAGUUGGGCCAUAUCUUAUAGGAAUUAUAUUAGGCUUUAUUCUUUAUGAAACUCAAGGAAAGAUCACAUUAAGAAAACCAUGGAAACAGCUCGCCAUAGUAUUGGGCUGGGUACUCAGCGCCACCUUUAUGCUGGUUGUGGUGUUUGCAACGUACAGUCAGAAUCAACCGGGCGUUGAGAAAUGGAACAUCGGGACGUACGUUUUCUUUGAAACCACCAAGCGCUAUAUGUGGGCCAUUGGGCUUGGCUGGGUGGUGUUUGCUUGUGAGGCAGGAUAUGGAGGUAUAAUCAACACAUUUCUGUCAUGGGAUGUUUGGACGCCAUUGUGUCGUCUCACCUAUGUUGCUUAUCUUGUCCAUCCCAUAAUAAUCUAUAGAUUCUGCUAUACAAGGCUACAACCAAUAUACAUAGCGGACUCAACCAUGACAUACUUCUAUAUAGGCCAUGUGUUCUUCUCCUAUGCGACUUCCUAUUUCAUAAACAUUUUAUUCGCUCAUCCGAUGUCGGAAAUAUAUCAGGCUUUGACAUUUGUGAAGGCCCCGAAGGAUGAUGAACAUUUGGGGUCCGCAACUUUGAUUCCACGGUCUCCGUCACCUGUUGCUGCAAGACGAUUAGAAAGAGUAUUGUCACAUCACGAGGAAGAUAUGAGGUCAAGGACAUUUUCGUUCACAAGCUUCCGGUCGCUCUCACAUGCCGGUAGCGUUAAUAGUGUCACACAGUCGCCAUCUUUACGACGAAGUGUGUCUCCAGUACGGUAGCGCCGGCAUUGUGUGGGCGUCAGUGGUACACUGUAUUUUGAAAAAAAAGUGUUUUUAAUGAUUUCCAAUACCGGAGAAUUCCACAAAGACUGGCAACUGUAUGAUUUACAUAUGUAUCGUUUAAGUAAAGCUAGCAAGCCCAUGAGAACGUUUGUAUAGACAUGAACUGUGC